GUUUCCUCCUCUGCCGUGAGUCGAGACUCGCCAACGUGUUAGACAUGCAGCCGGCUGUAGCACUCGUCUGCGCUCUCUGCCUUUCUGCGAUCGGCCCCAGCUAUCAGUUCCGCCUGCCUUGGACCAAGAGCCGACAAGGGUCCUUCGAGGACUUUGAGAGGGAGACAGGCCUCUCCCAACUCGGAGAUCCCGUCAGCGCGAACAGAGAAAUCGUCUACGUCGGCGCACCAGACAGGACAGAAGGCGCCAAGUUCGCGGCGUACCAAGAGGCUGCAGGAAAUCCGCUGGACACGAAGGAUGAAGUGGAGGAGCCGAUGUUGAAGAAGACGAAUUUCGUCUACGGCCCCGAUCAUGAGGACAACAUCCGUCCAGCGGAGCCACCUCUGGAACAGCCCGCCGACGGCGAGUAUCCGGUACCUCCUGAUGAUGCGGACAUCUCAGACAUGUCGAGGCGUGCCUCCAUACCAGAGUGGUGGUUAACCAACCCCGACAGACGGAGCUAUAUACAUGAAGCUCGGUCUGAGGAAUCUGAGGAUGAUUUACAACCCUAGUGGGAGAAUAUUUGCGACGCCAUCCAGAAUCCAGAGGCACUCGGGGAGAUAAAGUACCCCGGGCAGACUGCAUGUGUGGCGACAAUAUUGGACGGCCGCCAUGGAGCCUCCGGACAUCAUUGCUGCUGUUCAUGAUACAAAAUGAAAUUCUGUAACGCCAGUCUUGCCUUUGUAUAACUGAACGACUGACGUAUACGUUUUUUUUGCGCGAAGCCAAGCUCUUUAUUAUAUUCAAAGUUAACACUGAUUGAAAUAUUUAAAAGAUAACUAGGAAAAUACGAGGCUUAAUGAGUGUAAUAUUUACUUGAAGAAUAUAUCUGAAAUUCAUUACAGCA